AUGGGAAAACCAGGACCUGGACUGCUGGCAGCCAAUCAGAGCAGCUGUGCUCCAAAUGUUGGUCUGCAGGAGGUUCUAGAGGAACAUCAGAUCAGUCUGAGAAAGAGAUGUGAACGUGUGACUGAAGGAAGUGAUGAACCAGGAAGUAGAACCCUCCUCAACAGGAUCUACACUGAUCUCUACAUCACAGAGGGACAGAGUGAAGAGGUUAAUACCCAACAUGAGGUGAAGCAGCUGGAGAGAGCUUCCAGGAUCCAGAACCUCCAUGACUCUCCAAUCAGGUGCCACGACAUCUUCAAAGCCUUACCUGACCAACAUGGAGCCAUCAGAGUGGUUCUGACCAACGGCGUCGCUGGUGUUGGAAAAACCUUCUCAGUGCAGAAGUUCACUCUGGACUGGGCCGAGGGCUUGGAGAACCAAGAUGUCCAUGUGGUGGUUCUGCUGUCGUUCAGGGAGCUGAACCUGAUCAGAGGUGAGCAGCACAGUCUUCUCACGCUGCUCCAUGUUUUCCAUCCAACCCUCCAGAAGCUCCCAGCAGAGCAGCUGGCUCGCCACAAACUUCUCUUCAUCUUUGACGGUCUGGAUGAAAGCAGACUUUCUCUGGACUUCAACCACAGUCGGCUGGUUUCUGACGUCACAUAGAAGUCAUCAGUCGACGUUCUGCUGACAAACCUCAUCAAGGGGAACUUGCUUCCCUCGGCUCUGGUCUGGAUCACCUCAAGACCUGCAGCGGCCAAUAAGAUCCCUCCUUCAUGUGUUGCCAGGGUAACAGAGGUACGAGGCUUCACCGACGCCCAGAAGGAGGAAUACUUCAGGAGGAGGUUCAGUGAUGAAGAGCUGUCCAGCAGAAUCAUCUCCCACAUCAAGACCUCCAGGAGCCUCCACAUCAUGUGUGGAAUCCCAGUCUUCUGCUGGAUCACUGCUACGGUUCUGGAGAACAUGUUGACCACAGAGCAGAGAGGACAGCUGCCCAAGACCAUGACUGACAUGUACUCUCACUUCCUGCUGGUCCAGACCAGGAGGAAGAAGAUAAAGUACCAUGGGGGACAUGGGAGUAGUCCACAGGAGCUGAUGGAGUCUGACAGGGAAGUUCUCCUGAAGCUGGGGAGGCUGGCGUUAGAACAUCUGGAGAAAGGAAACAUCAUGUUCUACCAAGAAGACCUUGAGCAGUGUGGUCUGGAUGUCACAGAGGCCUCGGUGUACUCAGGAGUUUGUACAGAGAUCUUCAAGAGAGAGAGCGUGAUCUUCCAGAAAGCAGUCUACUGCUUUGUUCAUCUGAGCAUUCAGGAGUUUCUGGCUGCAGUCUACAUGUUCCACUGCUUCACCAGCAGAAACACACAGGUGGUGGAGAGCUUCCUGGGAGAUAAAUACAGUGAAACAUCUCUGGAUGAGUUCCUGAAGAGAAUCAUGGAUAAAUCCCUCAGCAGUAAAAAUGGCCACCUGGACCUGUUUGCUCGCUUCCUUUAUGGCCUCUCUGUGGAGUCCAACCAGAGACUCUUAGGAGACCUGCUGGGUCAGACAGAGAACAGUCCAGGAACCAUCCAGAGAGUCAUCAACAACCUUAAGGAGAUGAACACUGAUGCUAUCUCUCCUGACAGAAGCAUCAACAUCUUCCACUGUCUGAUGGAGAUGAAGGACCUCUCAGUUUAUCAGGAGAUCCAACAGUUCCUGAAAUCAGAGAACAGAUCAGAGGAGCUCUCUUUGUUCCAGUGCUCAGCUCUGGCCUUCAUGCUGCAGAUGUCAGAGGAGGUUCUCGAUGAGUUGGACCUGGAGAAGUACAACACAUCAGAAGCAGGACGACGGAGACUGGUUCCAGCUGUGAGGAACUGCAGAAAGGCUCGACUAGUGGGCUGUAGGCUCUCACUGGCUGAAUGUGAAGUUGUGGCCUUAGCUCUGAAGUCCAACCCCUCCCUGACUGACCUGGAAAUAGAUCAGAUCUAUGAUCUAAAGAGAACCAUUGGAGACUCUGAGAUGAAGCGUCUCUGUGAGAUCCUGGAGACUCAAUUCUGUAAAGUAAAGAAGCUGAGAUUGAGGAGCUGCAGGUUGUCAGAGAUCAGCUGUGAUCAUCUGGUAUCGGUGCUGAAGUCCAACCCGUCCCAUCUGACACAACUAGACCUGAGUGACAACAGUCUGAAAGAUUCUGGAGUGAAGGAACUCUGUAGUUUUCUCCAGACUCCCCUCUGCAAACUACAGACACUGAGAUUGAUAGGCUGCAGUUUGUCAGAGAUCAGCUGUGAUUAUCUGGUAUCGGCGCUGAAGUUCAACCCAUCCCAUCUGACAGAACUGGACCUGAGCUACAACAACCUGAAGGAGUCAGGUGUUCAGCAGCUGAAGGAUCUUGUAAAGAAUCCCGACUACAAACUGAAACGUCUGAGGUGGAUGUGAUGAUCUUAGUAUAGGAGAGAAGCUGAGCUGUCCUGAUGAUCCAGAGGUUGAAGCUGCAGCAGUUAAAGAGAUUCUGACUGGAUCCUGAUGAUGAACUCUGACCUUAGAGAUGUUGAUCCUUUUUAUCUGAUCAUGUCUGUCAUUUAGUGUCUGAUA